AGAUGACUUUCAAAAAUGGCUAAUAAACCGGUGACGAAUUGUAGCAUGUUUUGUCGUGUGGCCUCGACUUGUAUAUCACACUCGGCAACUCUGCAAGCCCAGCGAUGGAUAAAGACCCAGUGCAAGAGCAAGGGAGGCAGUGUUAUUCCCGAAGUCGCCGUGAUGAAGACUGUCGCCACCGUGCUGCUCCUGCUGGGGGUGUCCGCCCUUGUGCUGGUCCCCGCCAACACCAUGAGAAGCAAACAUCACGGACGUGGCUACGAGAAGAAGUGUGCAAACUCAACUGACCAAGCAGAGUGCCUCCGUCGGGUUAAGGUGUGUCACAGCGUACUAGGAAGGCUGGAGCACUUAAAAGACUGUGCCAACCAGCUCAACAUCGAACUUCCCCCAGAGACCGCCGGGAAGAGCCAACAAGAGUUACGCCAAGAGUUCUUCGACUGGGCUAGGAGCAACCCCGGGCUGAGCCGUCCGAUGUUUGCCUGUGUUCGCCAACGCCUGAACAGCGGCGGUCUGGUUAACAUCACCGCGGUGCUGGAGAAGGUGACAAUAGCCCUCGUAGAACAGAAUGAGCCAGAGCUGCUGGAGAAACUCGUCGACCGCAUCAACUUCUGUCCUCCAGAGUCCAGCUUUCGAGCAUUCUACAAGUGUGCCUGGCAAGGAUGCACCACGCCUUAGAUUCCUUCUUCAGGAGUUCUGCAGGGUUGUGGUAGUACGUCCCCAGUGUCCCCUGGAGGUUCAUGAAGAUUUCAUAGUCUUACAUGGGUCUUGGGAGCGUUGUGAAGUCUAAUAUAUGUAAGUCCUGGGAUGUCCGAAGUCUACUCAAGUCUUGAUUAAGGAACACGGAAAGUCCAAUAGUCCACCUGGCCUUCAUCAAUAGCACACCUGAAGACUGAAACAGACACACCAUGGAAGUCUUCGAUACUUUGAAACGAUGAGCUGUCCCCCAACACCCACUCACUCCCAUCCUUAUUGUCUGGUGUCAGUAGAUGUUUAAUUAUUUAACAGAACCUCACUAGUGUUUAAUUACGUAUAAGUUACUACCAGGACUGAUCAAAGUUUACUUAAGAACCUCGUAAGUGUAAUGUUUACUUCUUUCAAAAGAAGCAGUUUAAAUUUUGAUAAUUAGGAGUUAAUAAAAAAAUACGGAACAUGUUCACAUUUUUGCCAAUGUUUUCUUUCAUUGUUCUAAAAAAAAUAACCAAUAAAUUUAAAAUAUCGGGA